CGCCUUUUUUAAUGAAUCCUCCAAAAGCUGAAAUGGGCUUAGGCUUACAACCAGAGCGGCCUGCCAUGGGCCAUCCGAGAAUUGCCCUUUUCUUCUCCCCGGGAAACAAAGAUGACAGUUCAUCAAUGCAGCCCUUUCUCGUUCUCUUUCAAGCUUUAUCAAAUUCAGCUUAACUUGUUUUCCUUACUUCGAUUCUACAAUACGAACCUAAAAUUCGGCUUUGUUAAGCAUUUUCACUGAUUCUGAAAGAUGAGAGAGAGCGUCCAAUUCGGCUAGCGCAUCAACCUGGUAGAAAAUCGGUCAUCUGGGUAAGUUGAAGCAAAUGAUUUUUAUACGUAGAGAUUGCUUGACACAAAUUUAUUCUAGAUACUAUUUUUGGAUUCACCCUAGUUUCUCUUAUCACUCCAAAAGCUUCUGUAAUUUUGCAUUUCCUUUAUUGACCUCCUUGACCCAUUACUCUAAAAGCUAUUGUCUUUUAAAUCCCACUAUCAAUUCAUUCAAGUGUAUGAACGUUUUAGCCCAGAUCCAAAUCGCCCCAAGUUCCAAUUUGCCUUCAAAUCCAAAAUUUGGUGUUUUUUUGUGUUCUUGUUACUCCACUAAAGCACCAUCGAGGUCCUUUAGAAGGAGACAAAGUAAAAGGUUGAAAGCCAGCAGGAAGCCUGUUCUUGAUGAAGCUAAGUCUCAAGAAGCAAUUUCCCAACUCCCACCAAGAUUCACUAAUGAAGAACUGUGCAAUGUCUUAACUCUUCAAGAAGAUCCUUUGGUAUGUUUUGAGAUAUUUAAUUGGGCAUCACAGCAGCAUAGGUUUAGGCAUGAUGCGUCCACUUUUCAUAUUACUAUAAAGAAGCUUGGUGUUGCUAAAAUGUACAAAGAAAUGGAUGAUGUUGUUAACCAAGUGCUUGCUGUUCCUCAUAUUUGUAAUGAGGCUUUAUACAAUACGAUUAUCUAUUUCUUCACUGAAGCUAGGAAGUUGACUAGAGCAGUGAAUAUAUUUAAGCACAUGAGAAAUGGUCGAAACUUGGAUUGCAGGCCUUCGAUUCGAACCUAUAAUAUUCUUUUCACAGCAAUGUUGAGUAGGGGAAAAAAUUCCUAUAUAAAUUAUCUCUAUAUGGAGACUAUUAGAUGUUUGUUUAAGCAGAUGGUCGAUGAUGGAAUUGAGCCUGACAUUUACUCAUUGAAUUCUAUGAUAAAAGGGUACGUACUUUCCCUCCAUGUUAAUGAUGCUUUGAGAAUAUUCCAUCAAAUGGGUGUGGUCUAUAACUGCUUGCCUAAUUCUUUUUCCUAUGAUUAUCUGAUCUAUGGGUUGUGUGCUCAAGGUCGAACAAAUAAUGCUAGGGAGUUGUGUGAUGAGAUGAAGAUAAAAGGGUUUGUUCCAAGUAGCAAGUCAUAUAAUUCACUUGUUAAUGCCUUGGCUCUUGGUGGGAAAGUUGAGGAAGCAGUAAAUUAUUUAUGGGAGAUGAUUAGGAAACAUAGAUCACCUGAUUUUAUCACAUACAGGACACUAUUGGAUGAGAUUUGCAGGCAAGGAAGGAUUGGAGAGGCUAUGGACUUGUUGAAAGAUUGGGGAGAGAAAAACCUUGUGGAUGGGCCUACUUACAGGAAGCUUCAAUAUGUGCUUGAAGAUGACUUUGGAAAUUAAAAUGACAAAAAAUGGAUCAGUUAGGUAAACCCAAGCUUAUGAAUUUGACAAUCAUUAACAAUUGUGAAAGCCGUGAACUAUGGAACAACUCCUCAGAGAAUGUGAGGAUGGUGUAGCUUGGGCAUCAGUGCAAUGCGGUACACAUUCAUUAUAUUUGUUUUUGGCAUUCUUUUCAUUCAACAUUUGUUUUUGGUUGUAGCAUUGCAUGUUCAGUGGAAACUUGAGAAUGAUCCUGAAUUGAUGUUGUAACUUUGGUAAUGAAAUUUUAUGGAAGUUUUGAUAGUUGAAAACAUUGUUGUAUGCCAAAUUCUUUCUGAUCUUCUUUAUCAGGAAAUAUGAAGGCAUAUGCAUCAUCUUAGAUUUUGAAGAGACCUUUCUGAAUGGAAUAAGAACUAAGAAAUGCAUAGAGAGGAUGAUAACUAAGGCUGUUGCCUGUAGUAAAUGGUUGAUAAUUCUAGCAUGACCCUUGGUCUUCAACUAUUGAAUGUUAAUGUCUCACACCCUUACUCUCAGUAAACCAACACAAGUAUUUUCCUUGGGUCAGCAAUGUGCCUACUUCCACAGAUAGCCACCUCUGUUUUUUCACAAUAAAGAAGGUGUUUACAAGCACUUCUUUAUGGAGGUACAAGAGAUUUCCUUUGACAAGUAGGAAUAGGAGGAACUCAUAAAUAAAGAAUAACCUUCAAUAAUUAGAAUUGUAUAUUAGGCUAACAGCAUUAAAUUGUACUGUGGGAUUCACUCCCUGAUGCCCCUCUUUUUUUCUUUUUGCAUGGAGCUUUCUGUAUGCAGUGUCUUCCUGAAUAUAAGCCACAAUCUUAACAUUGACAUACUUAUUUGCUGAUCCAUUUUCACUUAACUGUUAAUCUCAAAAUCAGCUUUAGGAUAGUUGAUCAAUGACAAUAAUGUCUACUUGUCCAAACAAAUUUCUGUAAGAGGGCUUGCCUUUUUGUCCUUCCUUUUAAUAACUGUAUGAUUUAGAGUUUUGUUUCUUCUACAGCAAUGAAGUGUUUAGGCCUGCUCAAUGGUUUCUUUUACCUGCUUGAUUCAGCAUUUGAUUCAUAUGUUAUCUGAUUUCAAUUUGGUGCAAAUUCUAUUCAUGUAUUUAUGUUCUUGAAUGAUAUAGGUUGCUUAAUAGGGGCACUAACUUGUUUUAUUUUUGACACAACUGUAUAUAAUUUGUUCUUAGAGCUGAGUAACUUGGCCAGAUUUGAAAUGAAUAUACCCCAGCUCUUGAUGCAAUCUUUCCCACAUUGCUGUAAAGUUUCCCAAGAUUUUACCGAAAUCAAUAGGUGAUCUGGAAAGGAGCUUAAGAAGGAAAUCAAGCUCUUGAAGAAUGAUGAUACUGGGUUCCUCAAGAUGAUUCCACUAAGCCCACAUUUUUGGCAACUAUGUCUGAGUAACCCAUGUGAGGGACACGCACCAAACUCUGGCUGUCGGUAUCAGCAAGAUUGUUGAGAUGAGGUGUCCAACUAGAGUUGAGCAUUAAAUGGUUGUAACUGACAAACCGAACCAUUCUAAUUUGGUUUUUUGUCUAAACGGUUCAUUUCAGUUAGUUAUUUUUGAAUAUUUCAGUCACU